CCUUCGUGCGGGGCGGCGGCCCCUCCCACCUCUGCCCGGGAGCCGGCGGGGAGGCCGCGGCCAAGUUCGGGCCCCAGCUGCUGCAGGCAUCUGAAUCCUAGACCUAUCCAUGCCGUGUUCGCCCAUCUUUUUUGGAAUUAUCGAAAGAACCGACUUUGAACUCCAGAGGGAUCUUUUCUUUGGAAGUCCUAGAAGAUGCGGCCCUUAAGAUGCACCCGCACUCUGCACUUAGGAAUUGCCUGUGCCUGUAGAGGGCAGGAGCGCGGCCCUUUGUACUGGCCAAGAGUCAGCGAAUAGAGAAUUUGCAUCCCAGAGGCAAUGGAUCAUUUCCCUGUUAGGGUGGGCCCCAGCAGAUUUCUGCAUCUUUUUGGGUAUCCAGGCAUAGCUCUGACUAUGUUUCACUGACUCCUGGGUUUGCAAAGUCCCUUAAGGUAGAAUGACCCCAUUUUCUGCUUUCAACUUGGAAAAUCCAGGUGAGAGGCCUACGGAGCCAACCACUCCGCCCAUGCUUAACUGGCUUCUAGCACCCAAUCCAAUCUGUGUUCAGACACCUUCACUGAUAGGACAUUAGCACCUUUCCCCUGGGUGGGACUGGCAGUGAGAAAGUACUGCCUUUCUCACAGCUUAAAACCUUGUAGUGGAAUAUUUACCCACUGGCUGGCCUCAAUUCUGCCCUCCAGUCUCUACAAACCAGUCUGGGUUCUCUUCCCCAGAUAGCUUUUUAAAUAUUUGAAGGCAGCCAGAGACAUUAUCUACCCAUAGCCUCUCUUACCAUAAUUAAACAUGACACCCUGUAGCUUCCUGGCCGACUCUGUUCCCUUACCUCCCUCCAGCGGUCACAGUGCUUGGGGCUAAAGAGAGAUGGAGUCCGCAGCCUACCCUCUCAAUUUGUCCCUGAAAGAAGAGGAAGAGGAAGAAGAGAUUCAGAGCCGGGAACUGGAGGACGGCCCGGUUGUCAUGCAGAAAGUCCGAAUCUGCUCUGAGGGCGGAUGGGUACCAGCCCUGUUUGAUGAGGUGGCCAUAUAUUUUUCCGAUGAGGAGUGGGAAGUUUUGACGGAGCAGCAAAAGGCCCUGUACCGGGAAGUCAUGAGGAUGAAUUAUGAAACCGUCCUGUCCCUGGAAUUCCCAUUCCCUAAGCCAGACAUGAUCACCCGGUUGGAAGGGGAGGAGGAGUCUCAGAAUUCUGACGAGUGGCAACUCCAAGGAGGCACCUCUGCAGAAAAUGAAGAAUCUGACAUCAAGCCUCCAGACUGGCCAAGCCCAAUGAAUGCUACCUCCCACUUUCCUCAGCCUCAGCACUUCGACAGCUUUGGCCUCCGUCUGCCUCGGGAUAUCACAGAGCUGCCCGAGUGGAGUGAGGGGUACCCCUUCUACAUGGCCAUGGGCUUCCCAGGGUAUGACCUCUCAGCUGACGACAUAGCUGGGAAGUUUCAGUUCAGCCGGGGCAUGCGCCGCAGUUACGACGCAGGGUUCAAGCUGAUGGUGGUGGAAUAUGCUGAGAGCACCAACAACUGCCAGGCUGCCAAGCAGUUCGGAGUACUGGAAAAAAACGUUCGAGACUGGCGCAAAGUGAAGCCACAGCUUCAAAACGCCCAUGCCAUGCGGCGGGCAUUCCGAGGCCCAAAGAAUGGGAGGUUUGCUCUGGUGGACCAACGUGUGGCCGAAUAUGUCAGAUACAUGCAGGCCAAAGGGGACCCCAUCACCCGGGAGGCGAUGCAGCUGAAAGCUCUUGAAAUCGCCCAGGAAAUGAACAUUCCAGAGAAAGGGUUCAAGGCAAGCUUGGGUUGGUGUCGAAGAAUGAUGAGAAGGUAUGACCUGUCUCUGAGGCAUAAAGUGCCUGUGCCCCAGCACCUGCCGGAAGACCUGACUGAGAAACUCGUCACCUACCAGCGCAGUGUCCUGGCUCUGCGCAGGGCACAUGACUAUGAGGUAGCUCAGAUGGGGAAUGCAGAUGAGACGCCCAUUUGUUUAGAGGUGCCAUCACGGGUAACUGUUGAUAACCAGGGCGAAAAGCCUGUCUUGGUCAAGACACCAGGCAGGGAAAAACUGAAAAUCACAGCAAUGCUUGGUGUCUUGGCUGAUGGGAGGAAGUUACCUCCAUACAUCAUUUUGAGAGGAACGUAUAUCCCCCCAGGGAAGUUUCCCAGUGGGAUGGAAAUCCGCUGCCACCGGUAUGGGUGGAUGACUGAAGACUUGAUGCAGGACUGGUUGGAAGUGGUGUGGAGACGGAGGACAGGAGCGGUGCCUAAGCAGCGAGGGAUGCUCAUCUUGAAUGGCUUCCGGGGCCAUGCCACAGAUUCUGUGAAGAACUCCAUGGAAAGCAUGAACACUGACAUGGUGAUCAUCCCAGGGGGUCUGACCUCACAGCUUCAGGUGCUGGACGUCGUGGUCUACAAGCCACUGAAUGACAGUGUACGGGCCCAGUACUCCAACUGGCUUCUGGCUGGAAACCUGGCGCUGAGCCCAACGGGGAAUGCUAAGAAGCCACCCCUGGGCCUCUUUCUGGAGUGGGUCAUGGUCGCGUGGAAUAGCAUCUCGAGUGAGUCCAUUGUCCAAGGGUUCAAGAAGUGCCAUAUCUCUAGCAACUUGGAGGAGGAAGAUGAUGUCCUAUGGGAAAUUGAGAGUGAGUUGCCAGGAGGAGGAGAACCACCAAAAGAAUGUGACACCGAAAGCAUGGCUGAGGGCAACUGAAGGGAAAGGGACAGCAAAUGGAACUCUGAUUGAAACAGCUGGAGAGGAAAAUCCUCAUGAAGAUUAUUCCUGAAAGUGUGGAUGUACUGGAUGCGCAGGGAACAUCAGGAAAAGGGCACAGGUCUCUUAGCAGCCUGGGUCCAGACAGCAGCCUAUACAUCCAUCCCAGGACACAGCUCAGCCCCUCCCCCACACCAUAUAAGGUAUCAGAAAAGUCUAGGACCUAUCAUUUCAUCAGAGUCGUGAUCAGAAACAAAACUGCUUCUGCCCCAUUUCUUGUUUUGGAGACUACUCCAUCUGUCCAUCAAAAGAAACCUGUAAAUAUGAACAAAGGUAUUUCCUGGAGAAGAGACAAUUUGUUCAACAGCAACAUGGGACUCAUGGGCACAACUCUGGUGUCCUUCUAUGGAGAAAACCUCAAAGUUUUAUUCUGCCUUUGAAAAUGCUUCCAAAAGUAGCACUUCCAAAAAGCUUUGUAGAAAUGUGUCACUUAAUGUAUACCUGCUACUUACACAUUUCCUCUUUUGGAAAAAUGAGAUACUUAGGAUAACAACAGAAUUAAGACAUACUGGCCUGGUGCCAGCGGAUGGCUUUUCUAUAGACAAACUGGGUUAGUGUGGAAAAUAUAGGUUAAACUAUGCUGUUUUAUUUAUCAUCCCAACGUGAUUGGCAGCUAGACUUUUUUAGGGUAUCAUUUGAUGGCCCUAUUUUUUUCAUUAUUAUAUUUAAUGAUAGGGCAAGAUUUCGUAUGCAAGCUCUUCUGUUUCUCAGGCUGCCUGCAGAAGAAGUCGCUAUAAAUUAUCUGCUGUCUACAUGGUACAAGGCCCAUUGACUCAUCUGCUGCUUGUUUUGUUAAUUUCUUUAAUACUUUUAUCACAGGGACAGUGGGAGCUUGGGCCUUUAACCACAGCUCUUUCAAGACUUCCUAAUCUCCUGCCCUCCAGUAAUAGGUGGGAGGUCACUGAAUUUUUACACUAUAGUAAUUUGCAUUCCCACAUAAGUUUGAGUGUUAUGAAAACAUUCCUUUAAAAGCGAUCUGUGCUA